GUCGUUUGUUGUGAGCCUUGUGGUGAAUGCCCUGGCCUCCACCGGUGUACUAGGAGGAGAGUCAAUCGCCACCAUUUCCGACACAACUCCAACCUACGUGACACCUGAUGGCUUGACUUUCAGCGUGUGGGCUGUCAUCUACAGCCUUGAAUUGCUGCUCGUGGUUCGGCAGGCAUGCCCCUCAGACCAUACAGAAUCCCUUCUGCAGAAGGCAUGCCCCAUCACAGGCUUAUCAGUGCGGUGGCGCCUGGUGAUUGCGUUUCUGACCAACGCGAUUUGGCUGCCAGUGUACGUCAACCGUUUUUUCGGCCUUGCCUUGGCCAUCAUUCUUGUCUACCUCGGUUUCCUGCUCUCCGUGUUCUCAGACCUGAACACCAAGACUGCCGACUCCUUCUGCGAGUGGUUCAGCUACAGUGCAGGCAUUGCUUGCAACUGCAGCUGGGUCGUGGUGGCGACCUGUGCCAAUGCAUUCACCUGGUUUGGGGAGCUUGGGUGGAAGGAUGCUUUUGGUGUGGCUGGGACGCCCACUGCUGGCGCAGUGGUGGCAGUUGCGGUCACGUUUAUAGCCAUCGCCCUUGCUGUUUUCCGGAGUGAUCUGGCGUGGUCGCUGGUGGCCGCCUGGGCCCUUGGCGGCCUGUUCCGCAUGCAUACCGUGGUGGACCCCGAGAGCUUCCCCGAGGGCGCCAUGAACCACAGCCUGGCGCUAGUUGCCAUUUGGUGCUGCGGCGUUGUGCUGCUGGCCUCGGUGAUCGGGCUUUUCCUGGUGCCCACCAAUGCGGUGUUCCAGGCGAUCAAAAGCGAGCAACUUGAUAUGCUCUUUUUCACGACGUCCACAGCUGCCGCCAUCAAGGCGGCUGGUGCCCGGAGGCACAGGCUCUGCCUUUUGGUGAACGGAUGUGAGCCCGGAGAGGAAGACCGCAGGGCGCUGGUGCGGCAGGUUGCACGGCUAUGCGGCGAUCCACAGAUCUUGCUUUGCAGUCGGCAACCUCUGCAAGGCCCGGAAGAUGUACAGGUCACUUCCUGGUUCUUCGGUCAGGUUAGGAAGGUGACGUUCUUGGGCUCUAGCUUUCAUGCAGCGGUGAUCUUCGAUCCGGAGGAGAUCAUGCCAGAGACCCUGUGGGCGGCCGCCGAGACGGUGCGAGGAGGCGGAGUCAUUUGCAUUGUUCCCUCCUGCUGCUCCAGUCCCGGGCCUGGCCGGCACGGUUUUUUUCCACGCCUUCUGGCAGCAGUCCAAAAGGUCGCAAUCCACGUGGAUGCCGUUCUGCAGCCCAUCCAGCCAAUUCCAGACGAAGCUCUGGCGGAGUGGACCUUCCCGACGUCAGAGUCGCAGGCCAUGGGCGGAAGUGCGGGUGCUGGCGAGAUAUGCGCCUUGCUGGACUUGACUUGUACAGCGGACCAGCGCGCGGGGCUGACCACUGCGCUCGAAGUGCUGGAAGACGAUUCCCAGAGGACUCAGUUGGAUCCGCCAAUUUGA